UAUGUAUAGAUAGAACGAUAUGAUGUUUGUUUCAUGGUUCAUGUGAUUUUUUAUUGAUAGGAAUCCUUUGCUUUGUGGUUAAAUUGAUUUUUUUUGUUAAUUUAUUUGCAAAAUUCUUCUCCUAGUGCAUGUGACAUUGUUAACAGAAUAGAUUAACCUUUUGAAAAGAAUUAUCUGGCUAAGCACAAGACCAAUUUCAAAUUGUUAAAUUGUAGUUUUCUAUAAUUUAUUGUUGAAAGGUUUGUCCUAAUGAUUGUAGCACUUAAAAAAAAAAUGAGGAAUUUCAAAAUUAGAGUUUUUAUCAUAUGAUAUCUGUAGGAGAAAUUUAUUGGAAAAUAAUGUUGAGUUAGUACUUUGGCAGGAAGAAAUUAACUUGUUAGUUGCUUUAUGGAAAUUUGUUCUUUUGUUUUAUUUUUCGCACAACCAUUCAUCAGCAUUAUCCUGGAAGUCAAAUUGAGUUGGUCGAUUGAAUAGAAUUGAUUGUCUUCUAGUUACUUCAAUCUGUUCUCAUUUUAUUUCAUCAAUUCUAUUUGAAGAAAGCAUUGGUUUUAUCUCUUGGUCCUGAGUAUCAUUUGAUCAUAGUCAAAUCUUACGAUUGCUAAUACUGUAUACAUAUUUUAGUUUAUUUUUUGAAGCUUAUUUGCAGAUGUUGAUGUUCAUUAUUACACUUACACUUGAACCUAAAUUAAUGCUUGAUUUAACAUGAAAUUUGAAAUUCUGUUUGGAAAUAAAUUUGAUGUUUCCACUGUCUUGCAUUUCUGUUAGAUAAAUAGAUGAUAUAGAACAAAUUCUUCUAGUUAUAUUACGGCUUUGGUUUGGAUAAAUAGCUCCAUUAUAUUGUUGCAUUUUUCAUUUGUAUGAAAAUUCUAUUUGUGAACUUGGCUUAUUUUGCAAAUGUUGCUGAUCGAGUGAGUAACAUAUUCUGAACUGGGUUUUUUUAAUUCAUGUUCAGAUUAAGGUGAGGUCUUAAAGUCAAGUUUUUGGUUUUAAAUAGUUUUGAUGUUCAUUAUUCCAUUGUAAAUUAUCAUACAUUUCAUACUUAAAAUGCUGCUGAUCUUGUGUUAUUUUAAUUUUGAUACUUAUUAUCAUACUGGCAUACAUUUCUUUUACACAAAACUUGAUAUUGUAGAACACACACUUGUAUUUGUACUUUUUUUUUUCACCUGUAUAGAAAUGCAUACUGCCCUCAAUCUUUUUGGUAUUUAUUUGUAAAUGUUGCUAAUCUAGUGACUGAUGUUUUAGCAUCUUUAAUUGUAAAAUGACUUAUUAAUUAGUCCAGUAUCCUCUAUAAGUUAACUUUCCCUUGACUUCUUUGAAUUCAUGCUCAAUGCAAGGGCUUAAAGUCAAUUUUUUGGUUGGUCAUACUUAUGAUCAUUAUUCCACUUUGAUACAUUGUCAUACUUGUGUGGGGCUUGGAUAAAAAGCUCCAUUACGUUGUUGGCAGUUUUUCUCUUGUAUGGAAGCAAUUCUGCCCUUAAAAUAUGACACUUAUUUGCAAAUGUGGCUGAUUUAGUGAUGUUUUUGGCAUCAAUAUUAAUCUCAUGUGUUAAUCCAAUAUAUUCUGUGAGUAGCUGUGAUAUAAUGAAUUUUGAAGAUUUGUUUGAUAUCAUGCCCAAUUUUAUGGGUUAGGUCCAAACUAUGUAUAUAUUGAAAUAGUUGUGAUGCUCAUUGUUCAACUGUCAUAGAUGUCUUGUUGAUGUAGACCGAAUACCUGCUACCAUGCUAGACUACCAUCUCUUUAAGGCUUAUCUGAUACCAUGCUCAAUUUAAUAGUGUAAGGCCAAAUUUUAGUUUGUAAUUUGCUUGAUAUUCAUUUUGCCCUGUCAAACAUUUAUUUUGCUUAAGGUUUGUUGAUGAAGGACAAAUGCAUGUGUUUUUUACCACACGUGCGGGCCUGGAUAAACUGAUAUAUUACAUGGGUGGCUGUCUUCUCUUGUCUGGGAAAAGUUUUCUGACCUUGAUCCAUAGUGUCAAAUAUCUAGUACCACAUGUAUUUUACCUGUAUAGCUGUAUGGAGAUUUCUCAUUUAGAAAGCAUCAUUUGAUAUUAUUAUAAUUCCACAUGUCUUACAGCUUGAACAAAAUUAUCUUGAAGAAAACUUAUGUUGUAUCACUAUGCUGCAUGAACCUUUUGUGUUGAUUAUAACUUACAUGGUAUGAGCCAUAUACACACUUCUAAGGUUAAGUUCCGGUCUCCACUGCCAGAUAAAUUCCUGCUUAAGCGGUAUAUAAGUGAAGAUUUACGCAGUGAUGCUGUUGUAAGUCCUGCAAUUUGGCUUUCUUCUUCUGUUCGUGCUGAUCUGAUUUGGCCAGUUGUACCUACUGGACAUAAUCAAUUGGAAGACAAGAUCAUUCACCUUGUUAAACGACACAGUGCUUGUGGGCUAGAGUUGGAUUCAAGUGUAGAAGAUAUACUUAAUCAGAAUCAUAAAAUGUAUGCAUCUCUUUCUCAGAAUCUAUCUGACGUAAAGAUGGUCCAAUCACUUAUCCCAUUAUGGGAGGAGGAAUACAAAAGAACAGGAACACAGGAGGCAGUUAAGUCCCUGGACUCUACCAAACCCCUCCCUAGAGACACCUUGGAGCUUUUCCGGCGUGGUCUUGAAUAUGACCAGGCCUUCGCUGAGAUGUUAUCAGAACACCAUCCUUAUAUAACUCAUAAAGAGAUUACACCUGAGAUGAAAAUGAAGUUUGCUGAGUACAUAAAAACAUUUUCUGACAUUGAUAGAGCUGUUAGAUUUGUGCAACAUACUUGGGCUAGUUGUUCUGGUGAGCCUUUGAGGCAGCCUAGAGGAGCUGAUAGAAAUGUUGGCUUAUCAUGUUCAGAAGGGUUUGAAGAUGCAACUAUGUAUGUUACAAAGCAUGAAUCUCAAGAAUUGGAAUCUACCAGUCAGAAGAUUUCAUCAUUUGAAAUCAAGGAUGAAGAUUCUAUGGCUAUAGACACUGAAGCUCUUGGACUUCUAAGCUGGCUAGCUUCUUCCCAAGCUAUUGAAGAGUUAAACACUGAUGAUGAACUUGUCCAUGAAGCAAUUCUUAGUCCUAUUUUGUCUACAAAAUCCUUCAAGCAAGCCUUGGAGAUUGCUCAUUUGGAUUAUGAGAAUGCCUCCCAACAGGAAUGCCUAGACAUUCUUGAUUCUGUAUAUGAUGAUGAAAAGUCUGUUGGGUUAAGGGAGCAAACUUCAUGGCCCACUUAUUUUGAUGAAAAAGCAUCUGAUUCAUUAGGCAAUGUAAUUCCUCAACUUGAUGGAUCACCAGAUGAUCACUUGUUAACUACUGAUAAAUGCAAAAGGCCCGAAAGGCCCGACUUACUGAACAUUGAGAAGGAAAAGGAUUCUCAUAAUCAGGAGCUCAAGUGUGCAAGUGCAACUGUUGACUGCAAAAGCAAACACAGCAAACAUUUUUGGGGCAAUUUGCCUUUGUCCAAAAAGCUGAACGAAUGUGAAACUUCUCAGACUGCCUCGGGAAAUUCUUCCCCUGGUGAUGAAAUGAUGAAAGACUGCCAAUUGGGUUCUUCUUUUGGAAGUAGAGUGGCUUUGGGUUUCAAGGACUCAAAAGUGGAUAGAGAAGCCUCUGAUGGCAAGGUGGGAAAGACAAUGGCUACAUGUUCUGUGAGAGAUUUAAUGAGGACAAAACGUUUCUCCCGGCCAGAGCAUUUGGAACCUGAGAUGAUGGCUGGAUGUACAGUAGGUUCAGUUUUCGCUUCUGAGGAAGGGCAUCAUUAUUCUAUGCCGGAUGAGGCCAGACAUGCAGCUCGAUAUGGUGAUGAAGGGUUGCAAGAGAUAGCCAUUGAUGCUUUAAGCCCUUUGGGCACUGAUCAUACAGAAAAUAGACUGCUACAUGAUGCAAAAAAGAUAAGCGAGAACCACAAUGAUGAAAUUGGUCAAGGGGUAUCAGAAGGGCCACACUUCUGCAAUCCUACAGAUUCAAAUUUUGCACUAGAUACAAAUGCCCCACUAACUAAGAAACAAUUGGAUGCAUCUAUUAAUUAUAAUAUUUUCAGAAAUGUACAGGAUGCGGAAUAUUAUGAAGAAGAUACUGAGAUGGGUUUUAUGAGGAAGCCACCUUCUGUGGACGAUAUGGUUAUCAUUUCAGAGGAUCCUUUAUCAAGUACUACAGGAGCUGGAGUGAUUAUGGGCGGUCAGAAGCAAGAUUUAGAGGACAUACCACCAUUUUUUAUAAAUAACUUCACUGAUAGGGGUCAGAGAAAUCAUACUUCCAACCAAGAUUCUACACUUGGUGUUUCAGUUCAUUUUCAGAAUGAUGGUGCAGCUUUGUACUUGCUGACUCAUGCUUCAUCACCACCAACCUUGGAUACUGUUAAGCGAUGGAUUUCGAAAGUGGCAAAACAUGAUGAAUUCAAUCAAUCUGCUGGGGAUCUGUCUUCUGACAUUCCACCUGUGCCUAAUAACACUCAUCCUCUGAAACAUGAACGGUUGAAAUCAAGCCAAGAAAAUAGAAAUUUGGAGGGUCUAGAAUGUUCUUCUGACGUUAAUAUUAUUUCAAGUGGGCAACAGUCAUUAGGUGUUCCCGCAAAGGAAGAGGUUCUGAGGUGCAGUGAGCAUGAUAUCUCUCAAAUAUCUGGCCCAGAUGAGAAAUCAAACCUUACCCCUCUCAGUCAAAUUGGUUUUCGUGACCCUGCAAGUAUGGGUGGUGGACAACAGUUGACAAUCAUGAGCAUCGAGAUUCAUACUGAAUCAAGGGGUGAUCUCCAGCCUGAUCCACAAUUUGAUGCCAUCAAUGUAGUAGCUCUUGUGGUUCAAGAAGAUACAAGUCAUACCUUUGAUGUCCAUGUGCUAAUACAUGGUAACAACGAGGAACCAUGUGCAAGAUGUUUGGAUGGAGUCUCUGACUACCAUUUGCUUUUCUUUUCAGAAGAAAAGUUCCUAUUGAUCAAUCUUUCAAAUAUUAUCUCUUCUUGUGAUCCUGAUAUUUUAAUGGGAUGGGAAAUUCAGAGCAAUUCUCUUGGUUAUCUUGCCGAAAGAGCUGCAAAUCUUGGCAUAAGCUUGCUUAAGAACAUGUCUCGUACUCCUUCACAUGAAUCAGAUCUCAGAUCCAGGCAUUCAGUGAAAACUGAAGGGGGAAAUCCUGAUGUUUCGCCACCCGAUACUUUAGCUGCUGAUGCUAUUAUUCAAGAUACAAUAAUUGACGAUGAAUGGGGUCGAGCUCAUGCUAGUGGUAUACAUGUCGGUGGAAGAAUUGUCCUUAAUAUUUGGCGGCUUAUGCGUUCUGAGGUUAAACUCAACAUUUACACUGCUGAGGCUGUUGCUGAAGAAGUUUUGAGACAAAAGGUUCCAUCAAUUCCAUGCAGAAUAUUAUAUAAAUGGUUCUUAAGUGGUCCUGGCAGAGCAAGAUAUCGUUGUAUCGAAUAUGUUGCAGGAAGAGCAAAGCUUAAUAUUCAGAUAAUGAAUCAGCUGGAUAUGAUAAAUCGUACAUCUGAGCUGGCUCGUGUGUUUGGAAUAGAUUUCUUUUCUGUUCUCUCUCGUGGUUCACAAUUUCGUGUUGAAUCUAUGCUCCUCAGGUUGGCACAUACACAAAAUUAUCUUGCUAUCUCUCCAGGAAAUCAGCAGGUAGCGUUGCAACCUGCAAUGGAGUGUUUACCUCUUGUAAUGGAGCCAGAAUCUGGUUUUUAUGCUGACCCAGUUGUUGUUUUAGAUUUCCAAUCGCUUUACCCAUCUAUGAUCAUAGGUUACAACCUUUGCUUCUCUACAUGUUUGGGCAAAAUAAACCCAUCAAGAGAAACUGUUCUUGGUGUCAGCUGUUAUGCACCAGAUCAAAAAAUUCUUAUGAAUUUGAAGCAAGAAAUACUAAUAACACCAAAUGGGGUUAUGUAUGUACCUGACAAGGUUCGGAAAGGAGUGUUACCACGUCUGCUUGAGGAAAUAUUAUCAACAAGAAUAAUGAUAAAAAAAGCAAUGAAGAAGUUAUCACCCUCACAACAGGUUCUGCAAAGGAUAUUUAAUUCACGGCAACUUGCUCUGAAGCUCAUAGCAAAUGUCACUUAUGGCUAUACAGCUGCUGGCUUUAGUGGUCGAAUGCCUUGUGCUGAACUUGCUGAUAGCAUUGUUCAGUGUGGUCGUAUUACACUUGAAACAGCGAUAUCAUUUGUGAACAAUCAUGAUAAAUGGAAAGCUAGGGUAGUUUAUGGUGAUACAGACAGUAUGUUUGUCCUCCUUAAAGGACGUUCUGUUGAAGAAGCUUUUAAAAUUGGAAAUGAAAUUGCGUUAGCUAUUACUGGAAUGAAUCCAGAUCCUGUCACAUUGAAAAUGGAGAAGGUCUAUUACCCCUGUUUUCUUCUCACCAAGAAGCGUUAUGUUGGCUAUAGCUUUGAGAGCCCAGAUCAAAAAAAUCCCAAGUUUGAUGCCAAAGGUAUCGAGACUGUCCGUAGAGAUGCAUGCCCAGCUGUUGCAAAGACCAUGGAGAAGUCUUUAAGAAUAUUUUUUGAGCAUAAAAACAUAUAUGAAGUGAAGUCUUAUUUAGAGCGUCAAUGGACACGGAUUUUAGCGGGAAGGGUGUCACUACAGGACUUUGUCUUUGCAAAGGAGGUCAGACUGGGGACUUACAGUACCCGGGCUGCUUCUCUUCCUCCAGCAGCAAUAGUUGCAACGAAGGCGAUGAGGAUUGAUCCUAGAGCUGUGCCGCAUUAUGGCGAGCGAAUCCCCUAUAUCGUCAUUCAUGGAGAGCCUGGAGCUCGAUUGAUAGAUAUGGUCGUACAUCCCUCGGCAGUUUUGGAUAUCAAUUCUCCAUACAGACUGAAUGACUUAUAUUACAUCACGAAACAGAUAAUUCCUGCACUGCAACGAGUGUUUGGACUUGUCAAUGCUGACUUGAACCAGUGGUUCUCCGGAAUGCCACGGCCUGUCAGACCAACACUGUCCAAGAGUUGUUCUUCUGCUUCUCAUUCUGGAUCUUGGGGUGGUCGUGAAGAUAACGAAAUUGGGCUGGAAAAUUCAAAGAAAGCAAUGGCAAAAAGAAGCAGGAUAGAUACCUACUACAUCUCAAAGCAUUGCACCAUUUGCGGUGAAUUAGUUCAAGCUUCGGCAUAUUUUUGCCCUGACUGCUUAAAGAAUAGUUCGCUUAUUGUGAAUACUGUGGUUGGGCGAACUUCCAAAUUAGAGAGGGAAAUUCGACAUCUGGCUGAUAUAUGUAAUCAUUGUGGCGGCGGUGACUGGAUCGUGGAAAGCGGGGUGAAAUGCACAUCACUUGCAUGUGCAGUAUAUUAUGAGAGACGAAAAGUUCAGAAAGAAUUUCAGUCUAUUUCCUCUUUCGCUACUGCGGCAGGGCUUUAUCCUUGCUGCUUCGCCGAGCUGUUCUAAUCGCCGUUUUCAUGGAACGAUUAUAAUGAGUCGGAAGGAGUAUUCGUGGAAUGGUUAAUGUGUACACUUAUAAUGUGACAGAAGUAAGUAUUCUUGUAACUUAAUGAUAAAUGUCUUUAAAGCAUUAUAUAAUUUUGUAAAAAUAAAAAGGAUAAUCUAAAAUUCUAUUGGUGUUUCAUAUGGUUUAGUGAAAGCAUGUUAAUUUUGCAUAUAUAA